ACCAUAGAGUGAUAAGUGUGGCGGCAUACAUCCUCACAUUUCGACACAUUAUUUAACAUCCAAUAAAUUAUAAGUUAAAAUUUCAAAAUGAACAGCAUUGGCGAGGACUGCAAUGAGCUGAAAAAGCAGUACGACGCUUGCUUCAACAGCUGGUUCUCGAAACGCUUUCUAAAGGGCCACACAGACGAAUCUGCAUGCGCGCCGAUUUUCCGGGUCUAUCAGGAAAGGUUGCGUGAAGCACUCAGCGCGACAAGCGGGAGCAGAAGAUAGAGUUACGUGAAAUCGACACGGAGUACACUACGAAUUCAGAGUACGAGAAAACCGGCAGCUCCUCCGGGAAACAGCAGAGCAAGAGUUGACCAGUGACACCAGCUGAACAGCCUGGCUUCGGAUUUGAUUCUGCAAGCAGCCUGGAAGGCCAAAGCCUUGGCCAUCAACGCCAACGCAAGCGCAGGGGGUCGGCCUAGUUUUCGGCGAGGUGCAAGGGGCAAGCGUACUAGAAGAAGCUCCUCCUCGAAAUCUUUAAGUCCUACAAUAGCCC